AUGAGCAGGCCGGGUGGGGACAUCACGUGGCGGGGGCACAGACCGGGGGAGGGAAGAAAGACCGGGACACGCGGCAAACGGAGGGGGUUUUGGGUGGGGGGGGGGGAGCGGGGCUGCGCCGGGAGCGAAGGGAGCACUAAGUCAAAGGGGAGACUGGGGAACACAGACGGGGAUUCAGCUAGGGGAGAAAGACCAACAGAGUCAAGUUGCGGAGGGGCAGGGGCUCAAGUGGAAACAUGCCGGGAGCCGACUGACGGAGUGGGCCUAACACCCUGGCCUCCCACGGGGGAGAAUAGGAAAAGCAGGAAGGGACCCGGGGGGGGAGGGACGCGGGCAGGCACCAAGGGCUGGCGGACGAAGAAGCGGGGGGCAAACGCACAAGGUGUAGGGGCGUGGUACCAGGAGGCUGAGAGGGCAAUAGUGCGCGGACAGCUACCGCCAGACGGGGGGACAGAAAGGGGGAAAACGGGGGGAGGACAAAAGGGGCAUGGGGGCCAGGGGGGAGGGACUGGCGGCAGACAAAGGAGCGGCCGGGCGAGAGGCGAGUCGAGAACGCAAAGAGAGGGAAGGACGGGGAAGGGGGGAGGGGGCCACAUGGGGCUGGAGGGACCAAGAAACAGGCCCCAGGUGGGGGAGGAUGUGGGGGAAGGGAAGACGUCGUGCGCGGCCGGAAGGGGACAGAAGCUGAAAGCAGAGGGGGAUGGGGGGGGGGGCAAAGACCGCAGCUGGAACAAGCGAACCGGGGAACGGCCAAGCAGCAGGUGGGGGGCGGCACAAAAGGGGAUGGGAGGGAACAAGGGAAGAAACAAAGCGGGCGGGCGGCAGAACUCAAGCAACAGGCGGCAAGGGUGGGGGCACACCCCAGCCCGACAAGCGGGACUGGAAAGCAGGCUGACGAGCGACCGAAGGACUCCAAGUGGAAGACGGGCUGAAGGGAGGGGAGGCGGGGAAGACGCAAGCAACAACGGAAAGAGAAGAGAGUGGAGCGGUGAGCGUCACGACAAGUAUACGCAGGAAAAGGCAGGAGGGGACAGCGGGAGGCCUCAGGAGCACGAUGGGAAAAAGGGGGGGGGAGUAGCAUGGCGAGAGAGGGCGAGUCCGGGCAGGGAAGAUUGGGAAGUGGGGGGAAACAUCCAAAAGGUCCGAGGUGAGGACUCCGAAGCUUGGGCAGGAGGGCCGCAGAAGCGCCAAAACAGAGAAGGGCAAGACGGGCGGGGGAAACCAGAGGAGAGGCAUGCGGACAGAGCAACAAGGGGUAGGAAGAGCAGAAAGGGGGGAGGAGAGGGCCGGAAGCCACAACAGAGAAGGGGGCCAAGGGGAAGGAACAGCCGGAAAGGAAAUGAUGGCGAGGGCCCUUGUCUGGGGGGGGGACCGGUAUCAGCGUGGGAAUACGAUAGGAGCGAAGAGGGGUCAGCGCAGGCAGGGUGGGAGGGUUGGUUGAAUAGGGGGAGGGGCAGAAUUAACUGGCGAAAAACCGUAGAGAACGAGAUGCAACAUUUCAUAGGCCAACCAAUGGGAACCGACCGGCGUGGCCCGCAAGGUAGGGUCAGGGCGCAGACGGCAUGUGAAGGAAGGGUACAGAACAGCCGGGUGGGGCAGGGAGCGGGCAAGAAUAUGCCCCAGAGGGACCCAGGGGUCAAGCACAAGGCUGGCGUGGAAAAAGGGGGGGCGCAGGACGGGAGUGGACGGGGGGGGGGGGCGGGGAGAAGCAAAGGACGUGGCAAGGGGGGAAGGGCGACAGGAACGGGGUGCCAGCGCGGUCAAAGGGAGAGUGCGGAAGGACAAAGUAAUCCUCGGAGAAAGGCAGGCGGAGUAAAGGGACCGGGCAGGCCAACGGGGAGGGCGGAUGGGAUGGGACACCGGAUGGGCAGUGAGGAGGGGAGCGGGCGGGAACCGCGGCUGGGGGAGCCUGCAGGAGCCUACCAGAAACACGGGGUGUCUGGAAAUGGAAACUACACGGAACCUCCGGUGCAGAAGACGGGGAGACUAGUGCAGAAGGAUUUCAAUAUUGUCGAUAAAGCUGGUGGGAUUGGGACGACCGGUAUCCCUCUUAGAGGAGUUUAUGGUCCUCUUAUAUCAGCUAUUUCUGUAGAUCCUGACUUUGUACCCCCACCAGAACCUGUAAUAUCACCUUCAUCUGGUGGAAGUGGCAUAUCUGUAGGUGCAGUAGUUGGAAUUGUGGCUGGAGGAGUCUUCAUUAUAUUACUGAUUUUUGGUAUUCUUUGGAGGAGAGGCCUCCUAGGACAACAAAAUACUUUGGAGGAUGAUUUAAAGGGCGUGGACCUGCAAACUGGUAAAUUUAGCUUCAGGCAACUCAAAGAUGCCACAAACAACUUUGACAAAGCCAAUAAGAUUGGAGAAGGUGGAUUUGGUUCUGUUUACAAGGGCCUUCUAUCAGAUGGCACCGUAAUUGCUGUCAAGCAGCUUUCUUCCAAAUCAAAGCAAGGGAAUCGUGAAUUUGUGAAUGAGAUAGGCAUGAUUUCUGCUCUGCAACAUCAUCAUCUUGUCAAGCUUCACGGAUGCUGUAUUGAAGGAAAUCAACUAUUGCUUGUCUAUGAGUACAUGGAAAAUAAUAGCCUUGCUCGUGCUUUGUUUGGGGCAGAAGAAAGUCAGUUGAAGUUGGAUUGGCCAACAAGGCACAAGAUCUGUGUUGGUAUAGCUAGAGGUUUGGCUUACCUCCACGAGGAAUCAAGAUUGAAGGUCGUUCAUAGAGACAUCAAGGCUACUAAUAUGCUGCUUGAUAAAAUCUUACCCCAAAGAUAUCUGACUUUGGAUUGGCCAAGCUUGAUGAAGAGGAUAAUACACACAUUAGCACCCGUAUUGCUGGAACUUAGUGAGUCCCUUGGAUAUAUGGCGCCUGAAUAUGCAAUGCGGGGUUAUCUGACUGACAAAGCAGAUGUUUAUAGCUUUGGAAUUCUUGUAUUGGAAAUUGUUAGUGGGAGGAACAACACCACUUACAGAGGAAAGGAAAAAAGCUUUUAUCUUCUUGAUUGGGCACAACUACUAAAAGGGCAAGGGAAAUUGAUGGACCUAGUGGAUCCAAGGUUGGGCUCAGACUUCAACAAAGAAGAGAUGAUGCUUACAAUCAAUGUGGCUCUCCUCUGCUGCAAUGUCACUUCAACAGUUAGGCCUACCAUGUCUUCAGUUGUGAGCAUGCUUGAAGGCAGGGCUGCUGUUCAGGAAUUGGUCUCAGAUCCAAAUGCCUCAACUGAUGAGAUGGAAGAAAUGAGGAAACAUUUUGAACCCAGUUUCGGAAGGAAAACCGGUGAGAGCCAGACACAAACUGGGUCAACUGAAGGGCCUUGGACUGGUUCAUCUACAUCUGCUCAUGAUCUCUAUCCAGUCAAUCCUGAUUCAACUUACUGGGACAACAGAAGUGAGAGAAACUGA